AUGCUUCGACUGAUUUCCAACCUCUGCAUCAUUGGUGCAGUUUUGGCGGACGCCUACCACAAUGAAGCUCCAGUGACACCUGAACCUCCAGCUCUGGCUCAAGUUGGUCCCGCUCCCUCAGCUCUGCCAGCGGCUACAACCAACUCCUACUCGGCGAGCUACAGCCUGGCUCAGCCUCAGGCUCUUCCCCAGACCAACGAGCCGACCUCCUUCCAACAGGACUUCGCACAGCCUCAGCAUCAAGCUCCCACGCAGACCAACUCACCUAGCCGACCAGUUUCUCAUGCUCCAGCUCGUUAUGGAUCUUACCAAAGCCUGCCAGUUUAUUCUCUUCCCACAUACGGCAUCAAUAUCGGACAGUUCCAACCACAACCUCAGUACUCUCCUUACCUAGGAGUGAACACUUUCGGCUCGCCCUACCAACUCUACCAGCCGCAGCAGCCAGCUCAGCAGAUUUUCGUCCCUCAGUCUCAGCCUUCGUUCUUCAAUCAACAAGUGCCUACUUCAAGCGGCUAUGGCGGUCAUUUCAAUAGCCUUCUUGGUUAGUUUUGAGUUUCUUGAUGAAAAAUUGGUCGAAUGAACGAUUUUUAGGAAACUUGCCGGCAGCCUCGUCUGCCUACGGAUCACCGCAGAUCAACUUUCCUUCUCCGAACUUUUCUGUAGCCGGUCCUUACUCUCCAUCCAAACCAUUGGACUCUCGAAAUGGUGUUUUCCUCCCAAUCGAGAAAAAAACGUAUCAUUCUUCCAUUUACAGGACUUCCGAACUCGAGCAAUCAGCCCUCUUCUCAACAAAACCUCGACACAUGGGCGGCUCUAGAAGCGUCUCUUCGACACCCAAACAGGGCGAGAAUCGUUAAGAACUGA